AUGCCUCGGUCAUUCCUUGUCAAGAAGUAUUUCACCAACAAGAGGCCAAAUUACAGCGAGUUGGAAAGCCAGAAUGGUAAAUUGUUUAAAUCCAAACAUCUAAUUCUGCACAAAGUUGUGAGAUAUGUAUGUUAAAAUUACUAUGAGAUCACAUGUUUAUUUUAAUCGAGGUUAGCCUAGAUUAUAAGAGGUAGGCACUGCAUCUCAGUGUUUGAGGCGUCACUACAGACCCCCUGGUUCGAUUCCAGGCUGUAUCACAACCCGCCGUCAUUGGGAGUCCCAUAGGGCGUCGCACAAUUGGCCCAGCGUCGUCCGGUGUAGGCCGUCAUUGUAAAUAAGAAUUUGUUCUUAACUGACUUGCCUAGUUAAAUAACGGUUAAAGAGGAAGUGCAUCUCAUAACGGUUCAAUGUCAUGAAUGCACCUUGGUGAGCGCUCAACUAAAAUAUACCGUUUUCCGAUAUGAACACGUUAAACAGUCGGGAUCACGUCCCCUGCAGUGUUUUGGCGACCGGGUGUCAAUAAACUGCGUAAAUAGCGCUGCUGCAAUCUGGACUAAGGAGUAGAGAUAACAAUAGUAAAUGUAAAUCCGGGACACUCCAAAUAGUAUGUAACGUGGAUGUCAUCAUCCAUUUCGUAUGUAUGUUACGAAUUGUGUAUGAUAUGUUAUGAAUUCCAAUUUGGUGUCGCCAACGUGGUGGUUAACAUUAGCUAGAGUUAAUGUAAGGUUAAAGGGUUAGGGGAAAGGUUAGCUAACAUGCUAAUUAGUUGCAAAGUACUAUGUAGUUGCAUCCACCCCGACCAACCACCCUACUUUCGUUUUUGCCUUAAGUAACCUUCUGUCUUAUGUAACUAUACCAAACGUAACAUAUUAUACUUAUUUGAGUUUCCCGGAUUUCCAUUUACUACGUUACGUCUGGUCUAUGAGAAGAGGCUGGCUUAAUAGGACUAUAUGGUGAGGAACCAGAUAGGCAGACAGACAGACAAUAAUGGCUAGUGUGUGAAUAAGGUUGUGUCAACCUUGGCACCUAGUGUGUAACAAGGUACACAAUACCCUAAACAGAAAAGGGUUCACAUAUUAUAUUGGUGCAUUUAAGUGUGUGUGUGAGGAGUUGGGCCCCAUCUCUUUGCGGCAAGUGCCCAUGGUGAAUUCGGAAGUGAAUGGAGUCAUGUAGCUGGGUCAGGGCUGCAGUGAACACUGAGUUUUACUGUAACAAGACACUGAUAAUUAGAUUUAACUGUAGGCUGACUCUCUAUCUCACUCCCUCCAUCUCUCUCUAAAGUACUUGCAUUUCUAACAUAUCCCCCCUCUCCCUCUCAGCAGUCAUCCCAGAGUGCUAUCCUCUUGCUGAGCUCCCGAUGAGGGACAACAGCUCCGUCCUGACCUACUACCCCACCGCCCUGGUCUUCAACAUGGAUGCCCUCCCAGCACCUCUCUCCCCUGUGUCCCCCGUCUCCCCUACCCGGCCCUCCCUCACGGGUCCCCUGGACCUCAGCAGCUCCCCCUCCAGCAGCAGUGGGGAGGAUGAGGAGGAGGGAGGGCGCACAUCAGACCCCCCCAGCCCUGUACCCCCCCACCACGUCUACCACUGCCUCCACUGCAGUAAGACCUACAGCAGCCCCUCAGCCCUCUCCAGGCACCAGCUCACCCACUGCCCCGGGGGCAGCGAGAUCAGCUCCAUACCCAGCCAGGCCUUGCCUCGCCCAGCCUUCCACUGCAAAAACUGCCCUAAGGAGUACACCAGCCUGGGGGCUCUGAAGAUGCACAUCCGCUCACACACCCUGCCCUGCGUCUGCACCACCUGUGGAAAGGCCUUCUCCAGACCCUGGCUGCUCAGAGGACACAUACGCACACACACUGGUGAGUCUUACACUCUAUAUUCUUAUGGCACUGGGAUUGUUAUAGUGGUCUUAUUACACCUUUGGAUAGUUGUAAAAUGGUAAUGACAUAGUAAUAACCCUUAUUUAAUUCACUAUUAUAAUUGUUAUUAUUGUUUCACUCACUUCUCUUGGACCUGCACUGUUGGAGCUUAAGAAUUUCACUGUACCCUGCAAUUACAUCUGUGACCCUGUGCAUGUGACUAAUAAACAGAUUUUUCUGUGGGGGCCUGCUAGGUUGACAUUUCCAGUUCAAACUGGUUGAAGCUUAGGGAUUGGCCAGGCAUUGAUAUUCAUUAAUGUUAUUGCUCCCUGUGACACUAUCUUAUCUCUGUGUUUAUGCGAGGGGAAAAAGUCAAUCAAAGGACUGAGUCAGCAAAGGGGAUUGCACAUUGUUGAUGUUUCGGUUACACAAUCUUUAUCAAGACAAGUCUCCUAACAUCUGUCUCUUUCCCUUUCAGGUGAGCGCCCGUUCUCCUGCCAACACUGUAACCGUGCAUUUGCAGACCGCUCCAACCUGCGUGCCCACAUGCAGACCCACUCUGAGGUGAAAAAGUACCAGUGUGGUUCCUGCUCUCGCACCUUCAGCCGCAUGUCCCUGCUACACAAACACACUGCCUCCGGCUGCUGCCCUGCCUCCUAG